UAGUUCCAUGCCAUUGUAGUUGAGGGAGAGAGAGAGAGAGAGAGAGAUAAUGGAAGCAGCUGGUCGUGAACUGCAACUUCAAGGAAAGCUCUCUGGCAAAGAAGAAAUAGAAGUUGAAACACGCAGUGAUGAUGAGUAUCAUCCUAAACGAGGAGGCUGGAUUACCUUCCCUUUUGUCACUGGAGGUAUGUUGGGAAUGUCUGUAGCAGGUGGCGGGUGGGCAUCGAAUUUGCUAGUAUUUCUCAUAACAAAGUUCAACGUGAAGAGCAUAAGCGCCACAAAAAUCGGUAAUGUCAUUUUUGGCACCAACAAUCUCCUCCCCAUCGUGGGAGCCUUCAUUGCUGAUUCCUUCUUCGGACCUUUCCCCGUCGUCGCCACUUUUUCCUUCAUUUCUUUAUUGGGUAUGAUCAUAUUAACCCUAAUAGCUUCAAUACCCUCCUUGAGGCCAUCAACAUGUGCAACAAUCGGCUCAUCCCUCACUUGUGAAGCUCCAUCAAAGUUUCAAUUCUCAGUCCUCUAUGCAGCAAUAUCACUAGCUUCUCUAGGACUUGGAGGCACUAGCUUCACAAUUGCAACCAUGGGAGCUGACCAAUUCGAUAAGCCCCACGACCAAGGGGUUUUCUUUAACUGGUAUUUUCUGGCCUUGUACUUGGCCAACGUCAUCAGCAUCACAGGCAUCAUCUACAUUCAGAACAACGUGGGAUGGGGAUUAGGGUUUGGAAUUUGUUUCGUCGCAAAUGCUAUUGGAUUGGUGGUGUUCUUGUUGGGAAAACGAUUUUAUAAGCAAGUUAAACCAAAGGGUAGCCCGUUCGUUUUCAUAGCACGUGUAUUGGUCGCAGCCAUUUGGAAGAGGAAAGCAUCAGCUGCAACUUCAAGAGACACAGAUUAUUAUUACGGAGAUGGAACUUUGGUUGACAACACAAUACCAACAAAAAGAUUCAGACUCUUAAACUGUGCGGCGCUAAAAACUGAAACAGACAAGCAAUUUGAUGGCUCGUAUGCAAGAUCAUGGAAGCUGUGCACUGUCAAAGAAGUGGAAGACCUUAAAACCCUAAUGAAAAUCAUGCCACUAUGGUCUACUGGUAUAUUUUUAGGCACUCCAAUCGGUAUUUCUACCAGCCUUUUCAUACUCCAAGCCCUAACUAUGGACAGGCACCUUGGACCACAGUUCAUAAUCCCUGCCGGUUCAUUCGCAGUCUUCAACCUUUUAGCCACAGCCAUCUCCAUUUUCGUAAUAGAUAGAUUCGUACCACCCAAGUUAACACCCCUCCAACGAAUAGGGAUUGGUCACGUGAUCAACAUUGUUGCAUUUAUUGUGUCAGCCCUAAUUGAAAGGAGACGAUUAGGAGUGGUUAGAGAACAUAACCUCAUGAACCAUCCCGGUUCAGUGGUGCCCAUGUCAGCCUUAUGGCUCGUGGCAUCGCUAUCUGUUUUGGGAAUUGGAGAGGGGUUCUAUCUCCCAGGACAAGUUGCAUUGUUCUAUGAAGAGUUCCCAAAAUCACUAAAAAGUACUGCAACAGCUAUGUCAUCGUUGCUGAUUGGAAUUGGGUUUUUUCUGAGCGCUGCAAUCACGAAUUUGGUAGACCGGACCACGGGGUGGUUACCAAAUGAUAUAAAUCAAGGGCGGCUGGACAAUGUGUUUUGGAUGUUGGCAGUGAUUGGAGUGGUGAAUUUUGUGUACUAUUUGAUUUGUACCAAGUUUUUUAAGUAUCAAAACCAAAAUGUUGAACUCAAAAAUUAAAAUUGUAAUGGAAAAUGUUUCCAAGUUCUAAGAAUUGAGGGGGACCAACUUACUCAUCA